AUGAUCGAUGACACGUCCAGCAUUCACAAUGUUUUAGAAGGUCAUGCCUUGUGUGAUGCAUACUGGGCCUUGAUUAAUGCAUCACACUGGCCUAUCGAGAAGAAAAUAGAUUACCAAAAUGUAGGUAUGCUUGUUCAACAUUUGCUGGAAAAUGAAAUAAUUUACUCCAGGAAGUUAGAAAUAGAUAGCUUUGCCGAAGGGUUGGAUGUUAUGGGCCUACGCAAGAUUAUAAGAGAGAACCCAACGUCCUGUCGUGAUUUGUUUUGUUAUAACACAGAAAUGAUCUUGACUGCCGAGAAGUUCAUAUCACAAGUGCUUUUAAAAGAACCAACCGACUACUCAGAGAAACAAAGUUAUGAUUGGUUUUUAAAAUAUGUUAAUUCAUCAAGUGAGGAGAAGUUGAAAUGUUUGCUCCAGUUUGUAACCGGGCACAGGUCGAUACCACCAAGAGGCUUGUCGCACCUAAUUUGUAUUAAAUUCCUACCCGAUGAUGAAAAAGCUUCCCUCCCUAAAUCAAUUGCAUGUCUUGGCAUUAUCCAUCUACCAACGGUGUAUUCAAGUGAGAAGAAGUUCGUGCAGAGUUUAGAUAUAGCCCUAAAAUGGGAGUGUGAAGGAUUUGGAUCGUCAUAA